AUGAAGUUUGUGCCUUUUCGAACGUCGGACCACGGUUACGGGACAAGGCUUGACGCCUCGGACCAAGCCAUCAGAGGACUGGAUUGGGUGGACUCAGUAGGAGUCAUGCAUAGAGAUAUCAAGCCUACCAACAUCCUCGUAUCGUUUUGCCCCGAGGCUGCCACCAAAAUCGCAGAUUUCGGUCAUGCAAUAGUGGCAGAUCAAUCAGAGGAGGACCAGAAGGGCACAGUAAGGUGCCACACUCCCGAAAUACGGGCUCUUGAAGAAGGACGAGAGAAUGCUCCUCCUUACGAUAAGAGAGCCGACAUCUGUUCUCUGGCAUAUAUUCUCUUUGACCAUCAUCAUGGCAAUAAUAAGGAACGAGAGAAUACAGACCUGGCACUUGAAAUGUUCCAUGAACUCGUUCUGAAGAGACUGAGGCAAUGGCGACUGUCAAUUGAUGAACCCAUUGAACGAAUGUUCGUCUGGGAUACGAGUCAGCGCGCUCCUUUACGUGAUAUUGCGGCGUGGACAGGAUGGCCUGGAAACGGCACUAGGCAACAAGAUCUUUAUACAGAAGCCAAGCGGCGGGAUCUUCCUGCUGCGGACGCCGACAUUCGAGCUUUGUCCGGAAAGCGUCGAGCUCCACCGAUGUCGACUUUCGAUUGA